AUGACUCCAUUCGGCGUCAGAAGGCCAACAAGAGUCACCAGGAAAACAUUUGCAGCUCUCUUUUGCUGCAGCGCUCGAGCUGGUGGCCAAGGCCAGCAGCGAAACGGUGAAAAGAUUCCGCAUCCUGGUACGUUCCACGAGGAGGGUGAUCAGGGAUCUAGACACGGAUUACAAGGGAGCAGGUAG